UAUAUACAUACUUGUACUUUGUUAUUUUAUUUUGAAGACUCAAAUUCGAGGCGUUUCCUUUAUGUAACUUGACAUUCAUACAACUGCCACCGCAACCAAAGAUAGCAGAUCCACAUAAAGUGGUACCUUUGUGAAGCAUCUGGUGUACAGAGAACUAUGGCGGACCAUGGCAUCAGAGCAGGUGACACGGUGCUGUUUGUCUGGACUCAGCCCUCCACAUCAGAGGCCCUUAAACAAUAUGCAGAGGAGCUCGACGCCGUUGUGGGCAUGGAUGGUAAAGUGUCAGCUGAGAACAUGGACAGACUACUGCUCUCCUCCCACUCUGCCUCCUCCUUUGACUGGGUGCUCUCCUGCCUUGUUCCUGGCAGCUCUUCCAUCCACAGCUUAGAGUGUCUAGCUGAGAUGGCCAAGGUCCUGAAACCUGGUGGGAAGCUAGUUCUGGAGGAACCUGUUAGUGGAGCUGAGAGUGUGAGGACUGCAGAGAAGUUGAUGUCAGCUCUGAAGCUUUCAGGUUUCACAUUAGUGACAGAGGUCAGUAAACCGGAAUCAAGUUUAGAAAAACCUACUGGUCAUCAGAGGAACACACUAACUAGAGUCCGUAUAUCUGCCAGCAAACCUAACUAUGAGAUUGGAUCAUCAAGUCAGCUCAAGCUGUCUUUUGGAAAAAGGUUGGCUAAGCCAGAGAAACCUGCUCUAGAUCCCAGCAUGGUAAAAAUGUGGACACUCUCAGCCAACGACAUGAAUGAUGAUGAUGUGGAUCUGGUGGACUCAGAUGCUCUGCUGGACGAAUAUGAUCUGAAAAAACCAGAUCCAGUUUCCCUUAAAGACUCCAGCUGUGGAGAAGGAUCUGGGAAAAAGAAAGCCUGCAAGAACUGCACAUGUGGCCUUGCUGAAGAGUUGGAGCAGGAGAGUAGAGAAAAGCAAAAGACCAAUCUGCCCAAGUCAGCCUGUGGAAGUUGUUAUCUUGGUGAUGCGUUUCGAUGUGCCAGCUGUCCCUACCUGGGCACGCCAGCUUUCAAACCAGGAGAGAAGAUUGUACUCAACAAAACAACACUGAUGGACGCUUAAAAAUGGUGUCAGGUUCAUUCUUCUUACUUGAAAUUUGCAUUCCUAUUGUUCCCCAACUGCUCUGAGGAAAGUUCCCCUGCAACACCAGCGAUGUAACAGUCACUGUCAGUCAGUGCUUUUGAGAACGUUGACUUAGCUAUUUGUUUUGAUGCUGACAGUAGCAAGAGGCACAGUGGCUGCAAUGCUUUUGCUUUUCAUUUAGAAUUCUAUUGAACAUGUUGUGCAUUAAGUCUGUGUGUGGAUAAUGUUACUUAUUCACUGUGUUUUUUUUCAAGUUCUAUAAUAAACAAGUCAAAUGAGUCUUGACAGCCA